AUGUUCCUUUUAAUUCUAUCGGUCCUCCACACAGUUCUUGCCUUUCUUGGUAUCAUUUUCAAUGCUAUUUUUGUCUAUUUGACAGUAUUUUACAGUCCUAAAUCAAUUGGAACAUUCUCUAUUCUAUUGACUGUAAGAGGAUGGGUAGAUGGUUUUGCCUGCUUAUUUGAUAUAUUUAGUCAGUCCAGACCGAUUCCGAGUGGGUUGACACUUGGAAUAGCGUCCACUGGAAUAUGCAAAUAUCUGAAUGAUUGGUCUUGUUUUUUGGGUUACGGUCUUCAACUACAUUUCCAUAGUUUCUCAUUCCAUCUACUUAUUCUUUGCUUCCUAUUUCGUUACUAUGUACUCCUAGAACGAUAUCCAAAAUCCAAACAACUCAUUUUUAUCAUUGUCUUGAUAUACUUCCCCUCAUUCUUCCAAGUACUUUUUGUGCUUAUUGACAAUAACAAACCAGAAGAUGUUCGUCUUCUGGUUCAGAUCCAUCAUCCAGACUAUCAACUGAAGGAUGUUGUCGUGAACGGGCAUGUUGAUCUACGAGACUUCCCAUGCUUAUUUUCAUAUCUUCUAAUGCUGAUUCCAAUCAUUCCCGGAUGUAUAUUAAUUCAUGUUCUCCGUCGGAAGAUUCAUUCCAAAUUAAGAAAUGCAAUAUUAAGGCCGGAAAUCAGAGAAAAGCAUAGACAACUAACACUGGCUCUCACAGUCCAAACAGUCAUUCCAGUUGCUUUUGUGUUCUCCACAAUUUCAUUUCUUCUGUCUCAAACUAAAUUAAUCGAAUCUCCGGUUAUGGAAAGCUUCACAUUGCUCUUUGCUGUAAUUGUACCGGUAAUCAAUCCUCUGUUAUCAAUUGCUCUAAUCAAACCAUAUCGUGAUACCGUGAUGAGAGCUGUGGGCCUGGAUCCAAAAGAAUGGCAAUUCAUGUCUAGAGACUGCUCAGUUGCCCCAGGAGAUGCCUCUUCUUCAAUGUUCGGAUCCUUUGAUAAUUCUUCUGUUGCAUCUGUUACCUCUAUGACUUCUAAAUUUACGAUGACUCAAGAAAUCAAUCCGUUUGAAUAA